AUGGUGCCAUUCUUGUCCACCUCUUCUCUAACUCCAACAAUUCAGUGGACAAAUCAGCAGAUAACAUUAUCUAGGCACGCUCCAUCAAGAGAUCGCACUCUUGAUCUUGAUGACCAGCUCCAACACCUCACGCUCGGGGACAGUUCGCAUCACUAUCCGAUUCCUCCAUUGGCUUAUGAGGCUAUGCGUGUGAGGGUUGACCCUGAUUCCCCUUUUGAACCUCCUACUACACCUACUGUUACUCCAGCUCAUUCAACGUCCACUACUAGGCCUACUGUUACUCCAGCUUGUCCAACAUCCACUACUAUGCCUACUGUUACUCCAGCUCGUUCAACAUCCAGGACAGUUCAAGUGGCUUGGACACCAUCAAAGUCACCACAGUCACAUGUGUCUUCAGGCAUUUCACCACUGCCAUUACACAUGUCUUCAGGUGUUUCACCACUGCCGUCACGCAUGUCUUUGGGUGUUUCAUCAGUAAGCUCGCCAACUCGUUCAACAAACCAUUCAGUGCCACUUAUCUCUUCAUCAUCACGGUCAGGGUCUAUGUAUCCAAUUCCAGGGGAACUUCUUCUGCCAUUUGGUCCAAACACUCACGCCACACUGGAGGAAUUGGGUUACAGUGACACCCUUCACAAUACCUGCCAUGAGGUUUUCAAUGCAUGUAUUCCUGAUAGGUGGGCUUCUGAGCUAGCCAAGAGGGGCAAUAUUAGCUCUGAGCCUGAAGCUCUUCAAAUAUCGGCUGCAAUGUGGGAGGACUGGAAUGUGUUGGGUGGCACUAUCGGGAAGUGA